GACUCACGACGUCGCCCGAAGUCCCAUAUCUGGAAGCCUCCCUUGGGGUCAGCAUUCGAACCUGUUUCGGGGAUGAGCGAGGUUAUCAUUCGCCAAUAAAAGACCUGCUCAUCAGCUGAUAAGGCCAAGAAAACAAAAUCCUCGACCAUCCAUGCGGUAGAGCAGAGGCAGCUCAGGAUUCAAUUUCGCCUGGCUAACCUUUCGCGUCCAAAUUGGCCAUCGGAACGGUCGUGUCUGCUGGCUAAGGUUGUGUAGUGUUGCUUCCGCCGUGCAAAAUUCUGGAAUCUCGAUAAGGAGAAAAAGCGAAAGCUGCCCGGGCUGUAGUCAAAACAAAACAUCGCGAUAGCUCAUCUGCUGCUGUGUGCCUUCGUAAUCGGUUAUCAUUAACACAUUCGCGCGCGGCUUCAUAUUUUUAUUCGGUGAGGAGACCGCGUUUUGUUGAGUUGUGUGAGAAAUGUCUGCACUUUUGCUACUGGGUCGAGUAUCGUGGUCGUCGUCGUCUGGAGUUGCGUCUCUCGCUUGCUCUAAUGGCGUCUCGUCCGGACUGUCGGCAUCUUCUGUAGCCUGCUUUGUGUUGGAUAAACGGCGUCGCGCUUUCAGCAGCACAAAUACCAACAACAGUAGUAAGGCCAAGGACUGGAAGCAUUCGCAAAUUGCAUGCGGUAGUCGCCGGCACAGUGAAAAUCGCGCUAUUUCAUCAUCCUCAUCCAGUGGCUGUGGCUCAUCAACAUCAUCAUUCAAGGGAUUCUGCCCAAGUUUGGUGCGGUCAGUUCAUUCAUCAGCCUCAGCAUCAGGAACACUCUACCGUGCCAGUCUACCGAAAACGGCCAAGAUGUCCGGUAAUGCGAAGUUGUUGCACGAAAACCUCUGGGAGACGGACCCGGAGCUGAUGGGGCUGAUAAGGAGCGAGAAGAAGCGGCAAACCCGGGGCCUGGAGAUGAUUGCCAGCGAAAACUUUACCUCGCUCUCGGUGCUGCAGUGUUUGAGCUCCUGCCUGCACAACAAAUACUCGGAGGGGCUGCCGGGGCAGAGAUACUACGGUGGCAACGAGUACAUCGACGAGAUCGAGAUCCUGGCCCAGAAGCGAGCUCUGCAGGCGUACCGUUUGGAUCCGGAACAGUGGGGAUGCAACGUGCAGCCGUACUCCGGUUCGCCGGCUAACCUUGCCGUCUACACCGGGUUGAUCGAGCCACAUGGCCGUAUUAUGGGGCUGGAUUUGCCGGACGGUGGUCACCUGACCCAUGGCUUCAUGACGGCCACCAAGAAAAUCUCGGCCACAUCAAUUUUCUUCGAGAGCAUGCCAUACAAGGUGGACCCGAAGACGGGCUUGAUCGACUACGAUAAGAUGGAGGAAGCCGCGCGUAACUUCAAGCCCAAGAUCAUUAUUGCCGGUAUUUCGUGCUACUCGCGCUGUCUCGAUUACAAGCGCUUCCGUCAGAUUUGUGAUGCCAAUGGGGCCUACUUGUUUGCGGAUAUGGCUCACAUUUCGGGUCUGGUAGCUGCCGGAGUCAUUCCUUCGCCGUUCGAGUAUGCCGAUGUAGUCAGCACAACCACUCACAAAUCGUUGCGUGGACCACGUGCCGGUGUUAUCUUUUUCCGCAAGGGCGUCCGCAGCGUCAAAGCCAACGGCGAUAAGGUGAUGUAUGAUCUGGAAUCGCGCAUCAAUGCGGCCGUGUUCCCAGGACUGCAGGGAGGACCACACAACCACGCUAUUGCCGGUAUCGCAACCUGUAUGCUCCAGGCACAAACCGCCGAAUUCAAAGAGUAUCAGGAACAGAUCCUUCGUAAUGCCCGGGCCUUGUGCGAGGGUUUGAUCAAGCGGGGAUACGCCAUCUCGACCGGUGGCACCGACGUCCACUUGGUGCUGGUAGAUCUGCGACCGGAUGCCAUCACCGGUGCCCGGGCCGAAUACAUCCUGGAAGAAAUCUCGAUUGCCUGCAACAAAAAUACCGUUCCGGGAGACAAGAGCGCCCUGAACCCGUCGGGCAUUCGGUUGGGCACUCCGGCUUUGACUACCCGUGGUUUGGUUGAGGCCGAUAUGGAAGUGGUAGUAGAUUUCAUCGACAAAGGUCUUAAGUUGUCCAAGGAAAUUUCCGCCGUUUCGGGUCCAAAGCUGGUCGACUUCAAGCGGGUGGCCCAUGAGGAUCCGGUUCUCAGUGCUAAGGUUCAGGCGUUGAAAAAGGAAGUCGAGGCCUACAGUGAAAAGUUCCCGAUGCCAGGCUAUGACGAAUUUUAGGGGACCAUCUAGAAUGGAACUACUCUAGAUGUUUAGGCUAUUACCUAUGGUACAAAUUUGACAGUUUAAAAAACUGUACAAUCUGAUUAACACUGUUUGAAUAAUCGAAUAAAUCCAACAGCAAGUUUUCAAAAAUAGCAAAACUUGCAAAUUUAAA